AUAUGCUUAUUCAGUAAAACUACGAUUAGAUGGUCGUGCUUGUAUUACGUGCAGAUCAAACAUCAAAUGUUAGCUCGAAAGAUUGUAAUCGAUCGUUAAUGUUCUCAGAUAUUAAUGGCGUACGUUUUGAAUCAUUGUGUGUAUUUUUCAUUUUCUAUAAAAGUUCACAUUUUCUAAGACGUUAUUUUCAGCAAUGUAAAUAAAUAGAAUUGAAUGUAUUCGAUCAGAUGAAGUAUUAUAAAUGACAUCGUGCACGUCACAAAAUCAGAAUGCAAAAACAGUGGUAAAGGGAAUGUAUUUUUUUUUUGUAAAGCAAUGUAGUGUGUUAUGUAUUCACUAGCUUGGCAACUAUCACUGGAUAUAAAGUGUAUCAUCAGCGUCACACAUAUUAUUAUAGUUCUCAAUAUCUAAAUAACAUCAAAUUCGAUUUCUUAGUUUGAUUAUAUGUUUGUUAUGGUUAUCUAUUAAUGUAGAAAAAGUAUUUGUUAUCGCACUUGUUUACAAUAUACUAUAGGUUUUUCUAUAGGGGUCUAAUAAUGCCUAUUUGCCUGUACUAAAUUUUUUAUGUAAAUCAGUACCUUCCUGUCUAUGCAUAACGAAACAUCGUUCGUGGGAAUGCACAACUCGAAUGUUUUUCUAUUAAACACGUAAAAAUGUUAACUCGUUUAUUAUUGGUGUUUUUUGUGACAUUAUUUUUCAGAAUUUCUAACACGAAUAAACAUGCUGUCGACAUUGUUACCUUUAACGUUAAUUUUUAUUGGAAUACAAAUAACACAAGGUCAAUUGUUAAUUAGACCUACUUAUGUUUAUCAAAAUUUAAUACGCAAUAUGCACGAUUUUUUUAAUAACACAUGCAUUAUACUCUUGCACGAUACUCCCAAUGUUAUGGAAAAUACCAGUUUGGAUGAGACCAAGCAAUUGUUUUCCCUUCAAAGAUAUUUAAGUGGUACUCUUCACAUUCGUACGGUUUUCAUGGAUUUUCAAAUGUUCAAGACACGAGUGGGUAAAAGUUAUUAUCAUAUAAAAAGGCCACUCUUCGUCUUGUUGAAUGAUUACAACGAUACAAGAGACCAGCUCGCAUAUGUUUCCACAUGGCUGGCAAUGGAGUAUCCAACAUGGUUGCUCUUCUUCAGGAAAGAGACCCAAAUCGAAGUAUUUUUUCAUAAUAUUUACGUACCAUUUGAUUGCCAAGUGAUGAUAACUCGUGAUAACGAAAAUGAAACUGAUGAGGAGGAGAUUUUGGAGGUCUAUCAAAUUGAUGCACAAUCGAAAAUUAGAAUUAUGAAUUUUGGUUCUUGGGAUAAUAUUAAUGGUUUUAAAGGACCUACGUUGAGUCUCUAUCAAAGAAGAAAUAAUCUUUAUGGACAUAAUCUACGUGUUGUCAUGGCCCACGAUCCACCGGUGUCUUUGAUACACCAUAACGAAAGAAAUGAGAUUAUUGAGGUUAGUGGUUUCUUCGGAGAGUUGAUGAAGUUGUUACAGGAAGGUAUGAAUUGCACAUUAACUUACAUAGAAACGGAUUCUUGGGGAUUAAAUCUAUUAAAUGGAACUUGGACAGGUGCUGUAGGAAUGCUGAUAAAGAAUGAAGCUGAUAUUGCAGGCAUGGAAUUAAUGAUGACAUCUGAUAGAUUGGACGCCAUCGACUUCACUACACCCGUUUAUUCAACGAAGUGCCGUACAUUCAUUAAAAGACCAGAUUUAACAUCUAUAAAAUGGCAAGCUUAUACAUCACCCUUUGGUGCCAAUAUUUGGUAUUUAAUCGGUUUCAUCAUUCUUCUGAGUAGUGGACUGAUCAUGAUAAUAAAAAUUGUAGUCAAAACAAUAUCUUAUUAUGAGGAUUUCGAACAUUCACCGUCAACAUUAUCAGAGAUAAUGUUUUACGUUUUUGGAGCAUUUUGUAAUCAAGGUAUGCAACAAUCGUUGUUAGAUCCGGUUCGUAUGGUGCAAUUUGUUAUCCAUUUAACAGCUGUUGUUGUAUUGGCCGCUUAUUCUGCAGCGCUCAUAAGUUUUCUGGCUAUAAAAACUUUUGUUAUGCCUUUCACAACUAUGGAGGGUCUUCUCAAGGAUGGUACUUAUCGAUUUGCAGUAGUUCAAGAAUCCGCCGAUUAUACUUUUUUUCAAAAUACUUCGGAUAAAGUACUGAGAGUAUUGUUUGAUAAUAUUUUAACGAAAGAGACCGAUUUACCAAUCAAUUAUUUGGAUGGUCUUCAUCGAGUUUGCAAAGAAGACAAGUAUGCUUUUAUGGCGAUGGAUAAUAUAGCAGCAGAAUUGCAACAAAAACUCACUUGCAGCGUGGAAUCUCUUGAUACUAUAACGCAAACGACUAUAGCGAUGGCUGUACCCAAUAGAAGUCCAUAUGACGGUAUUAUUAAUUCCAAUAUUCUGAUGUUGAGAGAUAGUGGAAUACUUCAACGUUUACUGAACACAGAAUGGUCUAAUCAAUUCAAAAAGCCUAAAAGUAAAUGGACGUCGGUCGAGCUUUACGACAUGGUGCCAUUAUUAAUUUUCAUGUUUUGUGGCUCCGUUGUUAGUUCAUUUUUGCUUUCGUUAGAGCAUAUAAUACAUCGGAAAGUCGUGAAUAAUAAAACACUGCGAAUCAUACAAAAGAAAUCGUAAUUUACAUUCAACAUUGUAUACGAGAAUAAACAUCAUCAUUUCGUCAUAAAUGUAAAUAGUCUGUGAAGAAGACCGCAAUUUAUAUUUUUUUAGUUUAAAUGAAGGAAUGUUUUUUGAUUCAUUAUUUGAUGAAAUCAAAUAAAAUCAACAUUUUAUGAAAUAAUGUUAAAAAGAGAAGGAGUAUACAGAUAGGAAAAGAGAGAGAAUAAGUUAAACCUCAUUUUACAGAUUUUCUCUAUCCUUGAUCUCCUCUUUGUGUAAGUGCUCGUAUUCGCCUUACUCUUCUAUGUAACUAAGGUCAUAAACUGAGUCGCAUUUGUGUUUUUUAUGUACCAUAAGCCACUCGUAUCAUUUUUAGAAAUAGAAGAACUGAAUAAAGUUCAUUCCUGAAUAAAGAACAAUUUUAUAAAUACUGUUCCGAAUAUUUGGAAUAAAACUCGUAAAUUAUUAAAUUUCCUUAUCCUUUUUCAUCUCUAUAACUCGAAUAUCGACUAACUUCAACCUAUUAACUUUUCGCAUAACAACUUAUAAAUAAAAAAUUAUUUAAAUAUACAAUUUAAACUGGACCGAAUUGUAACGCUAAACCAUUAUCGAAUCCACCUUAAGACACACACAAAAUUUCAUUAAAAUCGGUCCAACCGUUUAGGAGGAGUUCAAUUACAAAAACGUGCACAUUUUGAUUACAUUGUGCUUUAUUUAGUUUUACUACAUUUUCUAAUAUUGAUAUAUUUUAAAUCGUAUCACAAAUGAGAUGUUCAUUUAUACACACAAUUAACACUUGUUAUACAAACUCGUUAAAGAAAUAAAAUAUUCGAAUGAUGCGUAAAUAUACUAUUUUCACAAUUCUUUGAAUUAUCUUUCCAAUUUGAAAGAUUUUAUU